CUCAUUACUACAGCGUUAUAAAAUAAAUAUCGUACAAAGGAUGAUCACAGCUGUGUCUGUCGUAAUAAUAACAAUAUUAACAAUACUCUUGUUGGUAAAUUCUCGUAACAAGAAGUGCCUUCCCGGGUUAUGGAAUUUGCCAGUUAUAGGUUAUUUACACAAACUGGACCCAGUGGCACCUUAUUUGACUUUAACAAAGCUUGUCCAAAAAUAUGGACCUGUUUAUGGCAUCAAACUCGGCUCGAUUAACGUUGCAGUCAUAGCUGAUGCCAAAAUAUUGAAGAAGGUGUUAGCAAAAGACGAAACGCUUGAAAGGCCGCCUCUCUACAUGAUAAACACAGCAUUCAAACAUAAAGGAGUGGCUUUUGCGCCUGUUCAUCUAUGGAGAGAACAACACAAAUUCCUGGCAAUUUUUUUAAGAACAGUCGGAGCCGCUAAAGUUUCACCGAAUAAGAAAGCGUGUGAGGAGUUAGUAAAAAAUCACGCCGAAAAAUUUGUACAAACUGUGAAAAAUAAAGUUUUGUGCGUCCCAGUAGAUCCUUUAGAAUUGCUCACCAAUUACGUAAGCGAUAUCGCUGGAAUUUUGUUUUUGGGUAAACCAUUUUCGUUAAAUAACAAGAUGAUUGCUGAUUUACAACAUUGUUUUAACAUGAUAGCUAAAUCAGUGGGAUUUAGGAUUUAUACUUAGAUUACAUAUUUAAUAAAACGUGGUGAUUUUUUUUAAGUUUCUUACCACAGUUCAAACACGCAGUACCAGCACUAAAAGACGCCGUGAACAAAGUUGCUGAAAUUCACACCCACCUGAUCCACGAAUGUCAAAAGUCCAUGUCUACCGACGAUUCUCCCUCGAAUCUUAUUGAAGCAUUUCUGUUACGAAUGUCUAAAGAAAGUCCUAAGCAUAUUUACAACAUCGAGCAGCUGAAUUACCUUUUGUAUGACGUUUUUAUUGGUGCUACUAGUAGUACCACAAGUUCCUUAUUCUGGGGUUUGCUAUAUUUGGCCCAGUACGAAGACGUGCAAAGCAAAAUACGACAAGAACUCAUGGAAGUGUUGCAAAAUAAAACGGUGGAAAUGGAAGACUUUGAAAAUUUACACUACACUAAAGCAGCUAUUGCCGAAAUGAUGAGAAUUAGAACUAUAGCACCAUUAGGAAUACCGCACUACGCUUCUGAAGAUAUUUGCGUUGAAGGAUUUACAACUCCUAAAGGCACAAUGAUAACGCCAUUAUUAUGGGCCAUUCACAUGGAUCCAAAAGUUUACAAAGACCCAGAAGAAUUUCAUCCUGAAAGAUUUUUGGACAAGGAUGGAAGAUUUUGUAAAUCGGAGCUACUUCUUCCUUUUUUAACUGGUAAAAGAAUCUGCGUUGGAGAAGAACUAGCAAUAAUAAUUAUGUCAGUACUUAUUGCUACUCUUUUACAGAACUUUAAAAUAGAACGUAGUGACUGUCUAGAUUUUGACGGUUAUUAUGGUUGUACGCUGAAACCUAAAUCCCAACAAAUAAUUUUUAGAAAAAUAUGA